UCUGUAGCCGACAGGAAAAGUAAUAUUUCAAGUUCAAGAUGGACCAAGAAAAGGGAAUGUCAAUUUUCAAAGAUGUGUUCAGAAGAGCUGAUAAGAAUGAUGAUGGUGCCAUAUCUUGGGAGGAAUUUGUGGCCUUUUUCUCAGAUGGCGUCAUGGGUAAAGAAGAAUUAGAGUCUCUCUUCAAGGAAAUUGACACACACAACACCAAUAAUAUUGACACUGGAGAGCUACAUGACUACUUCUGUAAACAUUUGGGUCAGUUCAAGGAACUUUAUGGUUUGGUGGAGGAGUUCAAUACCAAACUGUCUGAUGUCCUAAUGUCUACAUCACAGACCUACCCCACAGCUGGAAGGAUGGAUAAGUUCAUCACGAGAUUUCUGAUACGAGAAAUAUGGAAUCAGAUGACAGCCAUACAAAUCCCACUGGAAUCAGCCUCCGAAUCUCUGGAUGAACAAGCCAAACAAGAAAGAGAAGAUAUCAAGCCUGUACAUUUAUCAGAUGUAAAAAAGAAAGAUGGGGAUGAAGUUGUUCCUGGUCGUGUUGGUCGUAGGGCAAAGCGUCAAACUAGCAACCAAUCACAGUGCAGUGUUAAUUUAGAUGGACUGACGAACUCUGUGAACCCUUUGGCCUUGACCUCUCAGGUUGACAGACUAACCCAGUUACUCAACAGAUUGGAACACAGUGUAGAUUUAGGGAACUUUGUUGAUGAAGACCUGAAUGCUGUAGAGAGUGACAAGUUGCUACUAUUACAGCGGGAUAUGAAAGUUAAAGAGGAUUCGAAGGAUGUGUUUAGAACCAGUCUGAGGGAUUACAUAGAGGACACACAGAAGUUACUACCCUGUCUUAGUAUAAGUGUACAGUUCUGUACUGACUCUGGAGUAUUCUCCGUGUACGAAGUGUGGCAGUCAGCAGAAGAUCAUGACUGUUUCAGUGAAAAUCCUGAAAAUUCGUUCAGUGAUCGCUUCAAGGACUUUUUAGACGUUGAGGAACCAAUACAAAAAGUGAACUUUCCUAGUAGAUGGUGGAAGAGAGAUUAAACAGCAAAGAGGCAGGAUGUACGUAGGCUCUAUUUCUGUCACAGAACAUUAUAGGAUGGCCAAGAUAGACAGAAAAGGGAAAAAAAUACUACAACAAGAUACCGUCAUUGAGAGAAGAUGGCUACUUCAUUUCUGUUACAAAAAGGACAUUGUAUUCUUUAGCAACUUGUUUUGCUUUGUUAAUGUCAAUUAUUGUAAUUUUAUUUGUAAGUAUACAGUAAUACAGUAAUAUAAGUGAAAUGAUUUGUAAAAUAGUAGGUGAAUUUAUGUUGUCUUUGUGGAUAGAUAUUUCAACUGAUAUUAAUGAACAGCCUUAACUGUAAAACAUGUGAAAAAGAAAAAGGCUUUACCAAAACUUUUCGCAUAAUACCUAGAAAUUAUUUAAGAUGUGAAAUGUAAAUGAAGUGAUCCCAGUGUUAUCUGCACUGUAUUCUUCAUCAACCAAGAUUUGGUGUUACUGGUGAUCUCUGAAAAACAUGGUUAUCUCCCCUUCAUUGUGACUACUUUCGGAUAGCAAUAAGUAUUAUCUGUUUUAAAUACAUCAGAUUUUAUUAUCAUGCUCCCUAAGUCUUGUUAACAUUAUACAUUAUCAUAGAUCUGUAAUACUAAACAAGCUUCCUGAAGUUUUAACUUGUACCUUAUUAAGACUGGUACUACCUUUUUUACUGAGAUUUGUUGAAUUAGAUUAACAUGUUUUUAUGUUAUCCUAUUAUAUUAGCAAAACAAUUUUAUGCAAUUUAUUGAUU